UAUACCAGAGCCAGUUCUGUACAAUUAUCAUUCAAGUUAAGCAAUCCGGUGUUAACGGAAUAAAGAAAUAUUUGCUAUUAAAAGUUAUACAAAGAAAAAAUGAAGUUCGUAUACGCAUUGUUUUGUUUUAUCGCCGCAGUCGCAGCUCAGGAUAUACUGCUGGAAAGUUACCCCGUAUGGUACAUCACACCACAAGAUCCAAUCGAACAGUACCAAAGACAUCGCCGUGACGUCACAUUCGAUCACAAGACCGACAAUGGCCGCGUAUUUGGUACACUCGGACAAAACGAUGCCGGUCUAUUUGGCAAAGGUGGAUACGAGCACAAUUUCUUUGACGACCACCGCGGUAAGCUGGACGGGCAGGCGUACGGCACGCGGGUGCUCGGCCCCUAUGGCGACUCCAGCCACCUCGGCGGGGCCCUUAACUGGCGCAACGACAACGCUGCUGCUUCUCUAGACGUCAGCAAGAUGAUACAUGGACCUACAUCCGUGAGAGCUGGCGCGGGUGGUGCGUGGCCUGUCGGUAAGAAUGGAGACUUCUCUCUGCAAGGCACGUACGGGAAAACUGGCGGAUACAACUCAGAAUUCGGUGGCUUGGCUAAGUACAACUAUCGAUUUUGAAAAAUCAUAGAAGAA